CAUUUGGUGGAAAGCCGAAAAAGGAGAGAAAAGUGGUGGAGCGAGGGAAAAAGGACACGAAGUAAAGGCUGGAUUUUUUGGCUGCGAAAAACUCGUGACCGAUGACAAUUUGGAUUGACGAGGGUCUAUUAGCGAAAUCAAUGCCAUUAUGGCUGAUACCGGAGGACCAGGAUCCAAGCACAUGGAUCCAACAACCAUAGAUGCCGGCGGGGGAGAAGCAGGAGCAACCGGAGCAGCCGGAGGCGAUGACGUGCCUCCAGUCCCAGCUGUUCGCCGGCGUCGUGCGCAUGAGCAGAAAUCCUCGAGAGAGCAGGUGCUGGAGGAGGAGGAGAGCCAACAGCUGGAGACAUCGACGGUGACGAGGACCUACAUGAAGACCAUCACCACCUCCCUCACCACCUCGAGUAGCUCCAAUGUGGAGGAGUUUAUCCUGGGGGAGCAUGCAGCAGGAGCAGGUGCAGUAGCAGCUGCUGCUCCAUCGCCCAACCAGCAGAGAUUGCGUCAAAAGGUGGCCCAGUACGAGAAGGUCUGGUCAGAUGGCUCCAGUGCCGUGAAGCGACCAGCCGAGCAGAACUCUGACGAGCUGCGUCUGGCCGACGACCUGGAUGAGUACGAUGCCGAGAAUCCAUUCGAGAUCGAUGUCCAUGAGAUUGAACGCCGGCUGCGCCAGGAGAGGCAACGUGGCAUGGCAGAGGCUGAGGCAGCCAAGCUGGCCUUUCAGCAGGUCCAGCUGCGGCACACCACUCCUCCGCGGCGUGUGGAGGUGACCAGUGACCAGGUGGCGAGUCCCUUCAAUGUGACCCUGCGCACCACCAGUCGCAUGAGUCCCGGUGCCGAGCGCGGAAAUGUGGAGGAACACCUGGCGCCGUUCAAUGUGACCCUUAGGACCACUCGAAGGAACAAGAGGAAGGAGUUCAAGGAGCUGGAAAGUUUCCUGGAGGGCGAACGUACCGUAAGGGAGGUUCCAUCUGCGGACGGUGUGAGGACCAUCAUCACCUCGUCGAUGACCAGCGAUGGCGGCUAUGCCGAGGAGAAGAUCUAUCGCCACGGCGAGGGCUAUGUAUCGCCCAGGGAUUCGCCGUCCUGGUCGCGUUCCAGUUACUCCAGCGAGCGAUCCAGUGUUACGCCGCCGCGGAGCGUGGAUCUAACCGCCGGCGGACGAAGGAUUCUGAUCAAACUGGAGCAGGAAAGCGAACUAACCGAGGAUAACCAGGCGAGGGACGAGACCGACCUGUCGUUCGGUCGGCAGGAAGUGGCCAUGGCAACCGGCAACAUUGACAUUACCGUCGGUGGUAGCAACCCCCGCCGGCGUUUGUACCAGCAAACAACUGUCCAGGUGGGUGGCGGCAACCGCACCAGCCCCCAGGAUUUAACACCCCAAAGACCAAGGGACUUAGACCUGGCCGGCGCCGCCACGAAGACAAUGCUAACAUCCACGCCAAUUGGCACGAAGGAGCAACCACAAACGUGUCCGAAAACUCUAGUUAGUCAAGCUGCAACGUGCCAAUUGCGCGGUUCUUCGACGGAAGAGCCCCGGAAAAUUGUAAGCCACAAAACGAUAACCAGCACAACGACCAAGUCCACCUCAUCCUCAUCAUCGACCUCGACCUCCGCCACCUCCUCCACGUCCACGUCGCGUAAAUUAAUCGAAACGUCGCCGGUGGUCGUCGGAAAUAUCGCGCACAUACGCACCGGGAAAUCCAACGCCAGUGACAACGAUAUCGACAUCGAUAACGAUUCGGACACGGAGGGCAGACCCGCCAGCAGUAUAGUGAUUGUGUCCACGCCCACGCGUCCCACCACUCCGGCAUCCGCAACCGCAUCCGCGACCGCAGUAACCCCAUCCGCAUCCAUAUCCGCGUCAGCUGCCCACGCCCUCAGUGGCAUCGGCACUUUCAGCAAGAGUCUGCGCCAGGAUUAUCAGACUCUGGCAACGCAAAGUGGCCGCAGCAACGAAUCACCCAGCGACCAGGAAUACCAGGAGUUCCAGUCCACCAUGGCGUCCAUCAAUUACGCCCGCAGCAAUUCCCAGUACGACAGCCAUAUCAAGGAGAAACGAGAGGAGCAAGAACGUGUGCAGAAGAAGACAUUCACUAAUUGGAUUAAUUCAUACCUAUUGAAGCGUGUUCCACCGCUUCGCAUCGAUGACUUAAUCAAUGACUUACGCGAUGGUACGAAACUAAUCGCAUUGCUGGAAGUUCUGUCCGGAGAACGUUUGCCCGUGGAGAAGGGUCGCGUUCUAAGACGUCCACAUUUCCUCAGCAAUGCCAACACGGCCCUGCAAUUUCUGGCCAGCAAACGGAUCAAGUUGGUCAAUAUCAAUCCCGCAGAUCUGGUGGAUGGGAGACCACCAGUUGUGUUGGGCUUGAUAUGGACGAUCAUCUUGUACUUCCAGAUCGAGGAGAACAGCCGCAACCUAGAGUAUUUGGGUCAUGGUAUUGGCGGUUCGGUUAGUUCCCUCGACAGUGUUGGCAACCAGAAGCACGGCGAUCUGAAGGCUGAGAAGUGGAAGCAGGGUGCCAGGAAGACCCUGCUCAACUGGGUGACCAAUGCCUUGCCAAAGGACAGUGGUGUGGAGGUGAAGGAUUUCGGCGCUAGCUGGAGAGAUGGCGUCGCUUUCCUGGCCCUCAUCGAUGCCAUCAAGGCGAACCUGGUCAACUUAGCUGAGCUGAAGAAGACCAGCAACCGUCAGCGUCUGGAGACCGCUUUCGAUGUGGCCGAAAGCAAAUUGGGCAUUGCCAAGCUCCUGGACGCUGAGGAUGUGGACGUACCCAAGCCGGACGAGAAGAGUAUCAUGACAUAUGUGGCGCAAUUUUUGCACAAGUAUCCCGAACCAAAGGGUGCUUCCCGCGACCAGUCGCAUGUGCAGCAGGAGGCGGACGAACUGCGUCGCUUCCUGGUGGAGAAGACCACUGAGUACGAGCCCAUGGUCAUGAUGAGCUCGUUCCCACGCGAUUUUGGUGAAUAUUUACUGGCACGUUCUGAGGUCGAUGCACAUUUGGCGGCCUACAACCGCUUGAAGCAGCUCAUUGAGAGCCAGAGCGGAUUCCUGCAGGUGUCCCGCCAAUCCUGGGAGGAGAUCAACGAGCUGUGGCAGCGCCUCCAGUACCAGAUGAUGUACUGGCUCUGGCUGCUGGAUUCGGAGCUGCCCGGCGACUUUGGCACCGUUGGCAAAUGGUUAGCUGAAGCUGAGAAAUUAUUAAUGGACAACGAUAUACCCAAUGCAAUGAAUGAGGAGACGGCCGCAGUGAUCAGCAGGAAGCUGGAGGAGCACAAGCUCUUCUUUGCCGAUUUGCCUCGCAUAUUGGCCAUGUUUGACAAUGCCAAGCGGUCACCACUGGCCCAGCAGAUUCCACUGGAGCAGUUGCGCAACAUGGAGCGUCGACUGCAAGAGGUCGGACCAAAGGCAGCGGAGCGAAGGAUUCGUUUGAAGUUCCUGGAGCACAAGUGCUGUUUGAUUGCCUUCCUCAAUCUGGUGGAGAACAAGAUGCGCGGAUGGACUGGAAAGUAUGGUCACGAGGAGAAGGUGGCCCAACAGCUGGAGCAGUACAAGAACUUUGUGUCGCGCAACAAGAUCUUCCAGGAGUUCCAGAAGGCCUUUGUCGAUAUGCAACAGGUGGUGGAGGAGUACAAGCGCGAUGGCAAUGUCCCGCGCAAGGAGAUCAACGACAUCGAUCGCUUCAUGUACGAAACCGAGGAGCGCUGGAAACGCGUCUCCAUGGAACUGAAGUGCUGCCAGAACUCCCUGGAGGAAGUGGUCAACUGCUGGCGCAGCUGGAACCAAUUGGCCCCCACUUGCGAGGAGUGGCUGCAGCUGGCUGAGCAAAAGGUCAACCAAAGCGAGGACGAUCGUCUGGACUUCUUUCAGGAUAUACCCGUUUGGAAGGACAAGUUCGAUGCCCUUGCCAGCUCUGCUAACUAUCUGAUUGCCUCCUGCGAGGAGCCCAUAGCCCAGCAACUGCGUCAGCGACACGGAGCUCUCUCUGAGCGAUUCGAGCGGCUGUUUGCCAACACCAAGCAGUAUAUGCAUGCUGGUGACAUUAUCCGUUCCCGACAGGAGUACAAGUCGGGCAUAGAGCAGCUGUCCAGAUGGCUGCGAGGAGCCGAAAGCGUUCUGGACCAGCGACAAGUCCUUGGCAACAGUGAGCAAGUCAAGCAGUAUGGCCAGCAGUUACAGCAAUUGGCCAGCGAAAUCGAUGACAACGAGGAGCUCUUCAAGACCAUCAGCAGGAACUUCCAGUCUCUGAUCCAAGACCUUUCACGCGACGAGGUGGACAAGAUGAUGAAGCUACUCAAGCAAGAGAAGGAAUCGCUGGUGCGCAUACGUGCUCAGUUGCCUGCCAAGCUGCAUCUGUUCCACCAGCUUCAGAUCCAACAGGAAUCGCUGGAGGCUGGACAAAAGGAGAUUCACCAGUGGCUGAGUGAGGCCGAACAGCUCCUGGGAACGCAUAAUCUCUCCGGAGGUCGUGAUGCCAUCAAUGAGCAACUGCACAAACACAAGACCUACUUCUCGCGCACUGUCUACUACCGAUCCAUGCUGGAGAGCAAGAACAAGGUGUUCCAGAAUCUCCUGAAGGCUGUAUCCUCCGAUGACAAGAUCGACACUGCCCCAGCAUCCCAGCAAAUGCAACAGCUGAACGAGCGCUUCAACUAUGUGAUCCAGAAUGCCCAGCAAUGGGAACAGCGCCUGGAUUCGGCAGCCGGUGGAUGGAGCAACUUCAAGGAGAACGAGCGUGUGGUCAGCGAAUGGCUAACCCAGGCUGAGUCCAUGUUGGUGGAGAAGCACAUCGAGUCCAAGACCACAAUCGAGACGCAGAAGUACUUCUUUGAGCAGGUCAACGAUCGCUGGAUGAAUGACCUGGUGCAGUCGGCUCAACAGCUUCUGACCACAUUGCCCGCCCAGGAGCAACCUGCGGUGGUGCACAGUGUGGAGCAGUUGCAGUCCCGCUGGAAGAAUGUCUUGUCCCAGGCUCCUUUGCAUCUACUGAAACUGGAAUUUAGACUGGAUGAGAAUGCAUUCUAUCAGUCUCUGAAGGAUGUGGAGAAGGAGUUGCAGCUGGAGCAGCAGGCCCUCAAUCGCAAUGAGGAUGUGGACUCCAUACUGCAGCGCAACCAACAGUUCCUUCUGCAACAGGAUGUCGUUCCUCGCCUGGAGCGAUGCCUCCAAAACAUGCAACGUUUGGCCCAGGCCCACAGGCAACAACAGCCCGGUGACAUUAGUCUGGACCAGGCCUACGACAAUGCCAAGUCCCAGUGGCAACUAUUGUCCAAUAAAUUGGGCGAUAUGCGUCAAACUUUGCAGCAAAUCCCGGCCCAAUGGCAGGGCUAUCAUCUGAAGUUCAACGACAUGGUCGAUUGGAUGAACGGCGUGGAUCAGAGCCUAAAGAAUAUUGUGAACGAAGUGAAUACCAUGGAGGAAUUCGAAAAGGAGAAGGUGGUUUUCCAGAAAAUCUGCCAAGAUGCUGACAACAAACGCGAGGACAUGAAAUGGUUGGUCAAGACCCUGGACUCUCUGCUUAGUUACGCCACCGAAGAUGAGGCCAAUCUGGAGCAGAAGAAACUGGAGGAUCUGAUCGCCCGUUACAAGAACCUCAUCCCUACUAUUGAAAUCACGAUGGUCAAGACGGAAGUUUUCUCCAAGUGCUACACAUACCGCAGAGAAGUGCACGAGGUUGUGUGUCUGCUGAGCAAGGUCAAGGAUCAGACUGCCAAUAUACCAGCUCCCGAUAGCCUGGAACGUGUGAAUCGCCUGAUUGAGGAGCAGCAGUAUGCCGUCAACCAACUGGAUCACCAGCGUCCGCAUAUCAUGUCCAUGCUGCAAAGAGGACGUGAUCUCAUCAAGGAUGUCCAUGCCCCGGCCUUUGUGAAUGCCGAGGUCAAGAAUCUGGAGACUGGAUGGAAUCAGGCGUACACAGAAACCUCUGACAAACUGCAGGCCCUCAAGGGCACCCAGGCUGUUUGGAGCGAGUUUGUGGACCAGAAGAACGAUAUCUUCUCCAUGCUCCAAACUGCGGAGACGGAGCUGCGUUCUCUGACACCACUGCAAACCGAUCCCAAGAAUGUCAGUCAAGACCUAAAGUCCAAGAGAGAUCUUAACGUACAACUGCAGCAGGCUUCCCAUCAACUGCUGCCCAAGUUGCAUGCUCUCAAAUCGGAACUGGCUCCUCUGGCCGCUGCCGACAAGCGUCCCAUCCUAGAGAAGGAAGUGACCGAGGUGGAGAAGAUGUUCUUCAACACCAUGGAGCACGUGAAGGACCGCGUCGGCUAUCUGGAGGACUACAGUGCCAAGUGGAAUAACUACAAGACCCGUCUCGCUGAACUGCAGGAAUGGGCCAACAAAGUGGCCCCCAAGAACAUUGAGGCCCUUCAAUCGGAGGACCUCACACCGGAGGAGCGUGUGGUCAAGGUGCAGGCCUUCAAGCGUAUCCUUGGGGAUCGCAUGAAGCAACUGGAUCUUCUGGCCGCCGAUGCCUCCGAGUUGGCGCCCAAGGAGGGCAACAUUGCCGAGGCCAAGCGACUGAAGGGCGAGAUCACCAAGCUGCAGGAGGUCCUCAGUGCCAUCAAUCGCAACGUGGACCACCAGGCACAGGCUGUGCAGGAGGAUCUUGUCAACUGGCAGCAGUUCCAGGCCGGUCUGCAGCAAAUCAAGCCAGCCGUGGAGCAAAGCGAAGUCAAGGUAAAUAAUGUAGUUUCUAAGCCCAUCUCCCUCGAAGAAGCCGUUGCCAUGCAACAGAAUGCCCAACAAUUCGAGACACAGUGCCAGGAGCAAUUGGACAAGCUCCAUGGCAUAUCAAACAUCAGUCAUAAAAUGUUAUGUAAGACCAAUGCCCCCGACGAAUUGGACGCCAUGCACUCGCGUUGGACUGCCGUCCACGAGAACGCGAAGCAGGCGAGCGCCAAGCUCGAGAAGUUGGUGGCCAAUUGGAAGUCGUUCGACGCCGAUGCCGCCAAGCUCGAGGAUUGGGUUGGACAGGGUGAGCAACUAAUGUCCCGCCGUCCAGCUGUCCUCAACACGCCGCACAUUGACAAGCUCGAAAAGGAGCUGGUCAAGCUGAAGUCGUUCAACAACGAGAUCUCGCAGCAACAGGCCAAGCUGGUGACUCUGGGUCAAAAUGCCGAUCAAAUCAGUUUGCACUUGGCUCCUGAAGGAGCCGCUGCUUUGAAGGAUCGUGUAAAUCAAAUGAAGGGCAAGUUGCAGAAGCUUUCGGAAGCCACUCGUGGUCACAUCAACGAAGUGUCUGACGCCAUUAUCUCCAGGCAGGACUUCAAUGCCAAGUUGGUGAACUUUUCCAACUGGAUGGAACAGCUUCGCAACCAGGUCACUCAGGUGGAGGAGAUCAACCCGGAGCGGGUGGAAACCAGUCUCCAUGUCAUCCACGCGCUACUGCAGGAGCAUGCCGAUAAGAAGCCAAGUUUCAAUGCCAUAUAUGAUGAGGUCAAGCAAUUGGCCUUGGGAGCCACUCCCGAGGAGUCGAAUGCUCUGAAUGAUGCGUACACCGCUUUGGUGGUGAACUAUCAGAACCUCGAGACUAACAUGCUGCAGAAGAAGGCGGCUCUGGAGAAGUGGACCGAGCUGCUGGGCUGGAAGAAUGACACUGAAUCGCAUUUGAACUAUCUCAAGCAUCAGCUGGACAAACCGGAAGGACCUGCUGCCGAGGAGCUGUCCAAGGUCAUUGAUGAGAUCGAUAAUUUGGGCCAGGGUAUUGGGUACUGGAAGGGUCAGGCUAAGGAGAUCGACGAAAACCCGGCCAUCCAGUUGAGGGAUGCACUGUCUCGUCGUCCACUGAUUGCCACCCAAAUCGUGAACGAUGUUGAGAAUAAACUAGAGAAUCUUAAACUUCGCUCGCAGAACCAACAACAGCAAAUCCAGCAGAUGACCGUGCGCAAAGACAAGUUCCAUGCCCUGGAGCACAACUUUGGUCAGGCACUUCAGGAAAAUCGCGCUAAACUGGAUGAGAUCCUCAGCCAGCAUCCGACUUUAAAUAACAUCGAUCAAAUCAUUGCCGAUUUGGUCGCUCUGAAUGAUGCCCUGAAGUACCAAGCCGAUCUGAAGAAUCGCAUUCAUGACGAAGGUUCACUGCUGAUGCGUGAGGAUAUUGCUAGCAUGCCCGCCAUUCAGGAGAGCCUUCUUGUCAUGGAUAAGAACUACGAUUCUCUGCAGAAUGAAAUAGCUGAUCGCAUUCAGAAGUACAACCUGAUCAGUCAGGCCUUGAGGGAAUAUGCCGAUUCCAAGGACAAGUUCUCCAAGGAGCUUAAGAAGGCAGAAGAUCUUUUCAAUGCUAUACCUCAACAGCCGCGUGAUGAAACCGAGCUCCAUCAAGCUUCUGAGAAGACCAGGAAGACAAUGGAGCAGUUGCGUAAGUCCAAGCUCAGCUUGGAUGAACUGGAGCGUCGGGGCAACAAUGUGGGCAAACUUUUCAGUGCCAUUGGAGAACCCAUUCCACAGGAAGUGCCACAGGAGGUCACAGCUGCCAAGCAACACUGGCAGGAUCUGCACGAUAAAACUGCCAAGAAUGCCCAUGUGUACGAGACGGAAGCUGUUAUUUGGUCACAGAUCGAAGAUGCCAAGAAGGAUCUGCUUCCCUGGUUGUCCGAAACGAAUCAGGGACUCUGUGAUGCUGCGGAUAACUCAAUCGAAAUUGAGUUUGGACCCAUGCGUCUGAGCAAGUAUCGCACAGAGUUACCUUCCUAUCAGGCUCUAAAGGACUCGAUUGUGGAGAAAACCAAUGAUUUGGUGAAGAUCAACAAAGGUGCGGAGAUUCCCGCUCUAUCUGCCCUCAAUAAACUUCUGUCUGAGCAGUUUGCUGAGGUUAGCGAUAAUGCAGAUCGCUUAAGUGCCAUAACCACUUCGUUCAAUGACCAGGAACAAGAGUUACGUAGGCGUUCGAAGGAAGCUGGCGAAAAGGUGAGCAAACUUCGCGAGCAGCUGAUCAAGUGUGAUGACAUGUCCGGUGAUAAUAACAAGAUCAUGGAGCGUCUUCUGCAAUGCCGUGCCCUGCGUGGUGAGCUCGAUAACAGUGGAAACGAAAUUGACAACAUUAAACAAAAGGUUGACGAGCUGCGUAAUCUGUACCCCACUUUCAGUGAGUCCAUCAUACCCAAAGAACUGAACAAUGUACAGAAACGCUAUGAGAACGUCGAUCUUUAUGCUAAGAAGAUUGAAAGUUCCCUGCUGCAGUUCCUCAAGAAGUUCCACGCCGAUAAGGUGGGCAUGCUGAAGCGCAUCAUUGCCACUCAACGCGAAAAGGUGGCCUGGUGCCAGCCAGAGUCCUCCAGUGACAAAUACAAUCUGGAUGUCAAGAAGUCCUCUCUGCAGGAAGUCAGCAAGAGCAUUGAUGACUGCAAGGCACGCCAUGCCGAGACCCUGAAGUCCUUGGAGAUGUUGAAGGCCGUAGAAUCGCCACAGAACCUGGCUGAACUCACCAGCGAUGCCGAGUUACUGCGCAAGGAUAUGCAGGCUCUGCAGGACAGCUUUGACAAAAUCAAGGGAAUCCUUGACGAGAACGUUGACUUAUGGUCGCAGUAUGAGCAAUCGAACGAGCAGAUUUCCAACUGGUUGCGUGACGUUGAAGGACGCGUUAAGGCAGAGACUAGCAGCCAAGUUAAUCUAUCCGAGGUUCCUCAGAAGCUUCAGGAAUUGUCUAUCCUCCAGCAGGAUGUGUUGGCCCAUGAGCCCAUUAUCAAUAACCUUGAGCAGACAUCCCAACAGCUGAUUGAAAAGAAUCCGGAGGCAAGAAUCGGCCAGUUUGUCACCCACUUGGUGCAGCGUUAUCAAGCUGUAAACAAGGCACUGACCAGCUACAUCGAUAAGAUCCGUAGUGCUCAGUUGUCGAACGCCAACUUUGCCAAGGCCGCCAAGGACUUCAACGAGUGGUUUGGAGAUGCCAAGAUCGAGUUCCAGGAACUUGCUCGCAUGGGAUCCCCUGGAUCAUCCUCUGCCACAGCUCAGCAACUGCAGACCGUCAAGAAUUACAUCAAGACUUUCGACAAUGGUCAGAUACUGCUGAACAAUGCCGUCGAUAUUGGUGAGGCUUUGUACCCCGUGGUUUCGCCCGACAAUCGCGAACGUAUCCGUGCCGAUCUCCGCCAGAUGCGGGAGAAGUUCGACUACUUGCGAGAUGAGGCCAAUGCUUUCAUGCAGCAAGUUGAGGGUGUUUUGAUUCAGAAGACUUCGAUCGAAGAAAGCUACACUCAGGUCUCGCACUACCUUAACGAAUCGAAGGCUAAGGUUCCCACUGGUGACGAAUUGUAUCCCACUUUGGCCACCAAAAAGGCUGCCCUCCAGAACUACAAGACCCAGCUGCAGGAGAUCACCCUGCACAAGAAUGCUCUGAAGCAGUUGCACGACAAGGCUGUGACCCUCUGCGAUGAUGAGUCCGAGAGGAAGACUGACGAGUCCAUCCAGGAGUAUAACACGCUGUCCAAGAAGAUAUCCGAUAGGAUCACAACAGUGGGAAAUCAUGUGGUCAAGCAUGAAGCCUACGAUCAGGUCCUGGAAAAGGCGCAAGACUGGCUGAAUACCAUCAAGUCCGAAGCCAUUGACAUCCUCAACGAGACGACAUUUGAGAAGGAAGGCGCCGAGGAAAAGCUGCUGGUUGUGGAAAACCUUCUGCAGCACAAGCCCGAGGGUGAUUCCAUUUUCGAUACCUGUCACAAGUUAUUGGAAACGGUGCUCACACAAACCCAUCCCAGUGGUCAUCCAGCCCUGCUCAAGGGUUUCGAGGAACCAAAGCAGUCUUGGGAGGACUUUAUGACUCUGUGCCAGGAUUCGUUGGUGAAACUGAAGCAGCUAUGCUCUAAGUGGGAUGAGUUUGACACGAUCAUUGAGGAGCUAGACAACUGGAUGAAGAAUGUCGAGGCGGUGGUUAAGAACCAGAACCUUAAGAGUACGGCGGAAGCCAAGAACGCCCACUUAAAGCAGCUUCAGGAUAUUUCAAAGGACAUUGAACGGCGCGGUGUGGCCAUCAAUGAGCUAAUGGAUCAAGGCCGUGAGAUUGAGGGUGAAACCGAUUUGAACCUUAAAUUGUCUCGUCUGAAUACUCGCUAUCAGACCCUGAAGAAUCUGUGCAAGGAAUCGAUAGCCAAGUAUGUGAACUAUGUAAAGGAUCACGAAAGCUUCGAUAAGGACUUCGAUGCAUUCAAGCACAAUCUUCAGUCCUCGGUCGACGAGCUGGCCAAGGCCAAUGAAAUUGUUGGCGAUCAAAGCGUGCUGCAGGAUCAGCAAAAUAAACUCCGUGAGAUGUCCGACAAGCGCAUUUCGGAUUCCACUCUUUUCGAAGGACUCAUCGAUCGUGGCGAGAAACUCUAUGGUCACACCAGCCCCGAAGGCCGUGAAAUCAUUCGUCAGCAGCUGCGUGCCCUGCGAACUCUUUGGGAUAACUAUACGGAUGACUUGAACUCGGCAACGCAAAAGAUCGAUCAGUGUUUGCUGCAGUUCAACGAGUUCAGCAUUGCCCAGGAUCAAUUAACCAAGUGGCUGAAGGAUGUGGACAAGGCCAUGCAGAGCCACACUGAACCCAAGACGACGCUGCAGGAGAAGCGUGCCCAACUUCAGAACCACAAGCUGCUCCAUCAGGAGAUCACCACACACAAUGUUCUGGUUGAUAAUGUCUGCGACAAGGCCCAAAUACUGGUCGACCAGAUCAAGGAUAACUCGUUGAAUGUGUACUUGACCUCGAUCAAACAGCUUUUCCAGAGCAUAGUCCAAAAGUCUGAUGAGAUCUUGCACAAUCUGGAGGAUUGUGUUCAGAAGCAUAAUGAACUAAACAAUGCUCUGUCCUCAGCCAAAACCUGGAUUUCGAAUGAGAAGGCUAAGUUGCUGGAGUGCGACGAUGCUUAUGGCGAGAAGGCGGACAUCAAGCGCAAGAUCGAAACUUUAGGACAAUUGGCUCAGAACAAGCCACAGGCAAUGAAAAUAAUCAGCGAUGUCCGUGAUCUCUUUGAGAAGGUAAAGGCCACGACCUCCGAAAAGGGUAAUGAAGUACUGGACAAGGAGAUCGAGGAAUUGGAGACCACCAUGAAGAGUCACUUUGAUGACAUCGAGGGCAUUGAGGGCAAACAGAAGGAUGUACUGGCCCAGUGGGACAAGUUUGAAAAGGCGCUGGAGGAACUUACCAAGUGGUGCCGCAGUGCAGAGGCCGUGUUCCGUGAGCAGCAACUGCAGUCCACGCUCCACGAGAAAGUGGAACAGCUGGAGAAGUACAAGAUUCAAAGGGAGUUGAUUCUCCAGAAAGAGAAGGAGAUCGAUGCCUUUGGAGAUGCUGCCCAUGCUCUGCUUAACAACUGCGGAGCCGAUCGCCUGAAGACAUUAACCACUCAGAUCACCAACCGGUAUCAACUGCUUCAAGUGCUCAGCAAGGAGGUCGUUAACCGCUGGUCAAAUCUGGUCGACGAUCACCAGUUCUACCAAGAUAAGUACAACGAGGUGGAUUUGUGGCUGCAACCCAUUGAAUCGCAGAUGGCGAAGGUCCUUCUGGAUGAGCCAACCCAGAGUUCAAACAUUUUGCAAGUGCUGCUGUCUGAAAAGGAGCAAGCAGAGAGCUUAUUUGCCGCUCUAAAUGCAGCUGGAGAAAAGGCUCUUCCAGAGACAUCCACUCAGGGUAGGGAGAAGAUCCGUAAGGACCUGCGCGAUAUCCGCGAUCGUUGGGACAAACUGGACGAGGGCAUUCGCAACCUGGAAAAACGCCAGGAAGCGCAGGGAGUACAGCUCUCCAGCUACCAGGACAUUCUCAAUCAAACUGUUAACUGGUUGGAUCAGGUGGAGAAACUACUUCACAAUGAGAACCCUGCUAGCUGGACCAGUGCCCAAGAAAUCCGCUCCAAGUUGUACAAGUACAAGGCCACCAACCAAGACAUCAACUCCCAUAAACGCAUAGUCGAGGCUGUGAAUGAAAAGGCAGCAGCUCUUUUGGGAAGCGCAGCUCCAGCCAACGCGGAUGAGAUCUCCAAGGCGGUGGCUGAGGUGAACAAGCGAUAUGAACAAGUGGGUCAGGACUGUGCCAAGUUGGUUGCCGAUCUGGAUGGAGCCUUCGAUGUGUACCAGCAGUUCAGUGAGCUGCAGAAGGCUCAACAGGACUACCAGAAGAAUCUUUGGGAUCGUCUUACCGGCUACUCUGACUACUCAGGCAAUAAGGCAGCUCUACAAGCACGUCUCCAAAAGAUCAACGAGAUCCAAGAUGCCUUGCCGGAGGGAGUGGCCAAACUGAAGUCCCUCGAGGAUCACAUUGAGCAACAGGCCAGUAAUAUACCCGCCCGAUCCAAGGAGGCUAUGGCCCGUGAUCUGGCCAACUUGCAUGCUGAUUUCGAGAAGUUUAGUGCUUCGUUAAGCGACGUAAAGAGUGGUCUAGAUAAUCGUCUACAACAAUGGAAUGAUUACGAAAUCAACUUGGACCGACUGAUCACUUGGUUGGGUGAGGCAGAGAAUGCUCUCAAGAACUACAAUCUAAAAUCCUCGUUCGAGGAGAAGGAGGAGCAACUGAACGGUUUCCAAACUUUGGCGCAGAACCUGCGUCAAAACGAAGCUGACUUCGACAAGGUGAAGGACGACACCUCUGAGUUGGUGCAGAGUUCUGGUGAAACAAGGAUUGCGGUUAAUGUGCAACAGGUCUCCUCCCGGUUCCAAUCGAUUCAGGCUACCGCCAAGGAGAUUCUCAAGAAGUGCGAGCAGGCUGUCCAGGACCAUGGUCACUUCAAUGACAAGUAUAAGCAGUGUGCGGACUGGUUGGCAAAUGCUCAGGCCCGUUACGAUGAUUGCUGUGACUUGUCCACAGUGGCAUCUCGAGACGAUCUUCUCAAGAAGCAAUUGGUCAUCCAGGAGCUUCUGGCUCAGCAGCCAACCGCUACCCAGCUCCUCAACAGCACCGUUGAGCUGGGCGAGAAGUGCUAUGGUUCCACUGCAACUGAAGGACGCGAGGCCAUUCGCAGUCAGCUGGAUGAUCUGACAUUCGAUCAGUUGUUUGACAACAUCGCUAUUACGGCAAGAAAGAUUCAGGAUAAGAUUGCCAAGUGGUCUGGUUUUGAUGAAAUUGCUGACAACCUGAAGAGUUGGUUGGAUGAAACGGAGAACGCUCUUCCAGCUGAUAUUGAGCUGAAAACCACUCUGGAUGAGAAACGCAAUAAACUGCAAACCUAUCGUGACAUCUUAAACGACAUCAACAAUCACCAGGUGGAGUUGGGUAAUCUUCAAGAGAUUGCCGCCAAUCUGCCAGAAAAAACCGACCUUGUGGACCAAAUUCUUAAGGAGAUCUCCGAUCGUUUUGGAAAGCUGCAAAAGCGUGCCCAGAACUACGUGGAGCGUUACGAGGGUAUUGUGAGUGCACAUCAGCAGUACUCCAAGGCUGUUAUGGAUGCUCAAGAGUUUAUCGAUGCUACCCUGAAUACUGUCCACUAUUGGGGUGAUUUGGAUCUGGAACAGAUCUCACUGCACACGAACCUCGAUCGUCUAAAGAAUCUGAAGGCCAGCUUGGCCGAUGAAUUCCCACGGGUUGACCAAGUCAGGGCUUUGGGCGAGAAGGUUAUUCCGGGUACGGUGGAUGUGGGACAGGUGAACAUUAAGUCCCAGAUCGACACCACCCAGCAAGAAUGGGAAAGUCUACUGACCACCAUCACCUCCACUAUUGAAGCUAUUGAAGCUCGUCUGCAGCAUUGGUCGGAGUACGAGCAAUUACGUGACCAGUGCCUGGCCUGGAUUCGUGAUACGGAUAACAACCUUCAUGCUAUCGAUCUGAAGGAGGAUCUGCCGAAAAAGCGUGCUCAGUUGGAUGCACUGAAGGCUCUCCAAGGAGAUGUACGCGCUAAGGAAUUAGAGGUUGAUAAUGUCACGGAGAAGGCCCAAACCCUUCUGAAGGGUCCCACCAGCAAUCGAAGCUCGGGCCCUGAGUUGGUAACAAAGUACCAGCAGAUCUUCCACAAGGUCAAGGAGCUCAACAAUCGUUGGCAGCAGUAUGUUACCUCUCACGAAGAUUUUGAUAACGCCAUCUCUGAUUGCUCCUCUUGGAUCAAUGACAUCAAAGAAAAAUUGGACUACUGUUCCGACAUGUCAUCUAUGAGUCCUAAGGAACUGGAUAAGAAACUGGCCACUAUCCAGGAUGUUAUCUUGCUGAAGGACGAGGGUUCUGCGCGUGUCUUGAAGAUCUUGGAGCAGGCCCAGCACGUGUUGGCUAACACAGCGCCCGGAGGUCACGAGGCCAUCAAUAAGGAGCUCACCGAUCUCCAGGAGCUCUGGUCCGGAAUCGCUCUUCGCAUCAUGGAUGUCAAGUCAAAUCUAGAUGACUCCAUUACUCAAUGGUCUGGUUUCUUGGAUCAAGUGCAAAAUGUUCGCAAGUUCAAUGAGUGGUUGGAUGGUCAGGUUAAGGAGUUGAGUGAGCAUCAAACAACCAUGACAGAGAAGCGAGCUCAAUUAGAUCGAGUCAAGUCUACGGAGGAGAAGGUGCGCGUAGAGAAGAUUGAUGUGGAUGCACUCAAAAUCCAAGCCAAGGAAAUGAUUGCCAGUGGUCAACAGAGUCAGGCAGCCUUCCAGGCCCAAAAGGUACUGGAUACGUUUGACGAACUCUUUGCCAGGACCCAGAAAUUGCUGUCCGAUCGUCAGGAUCAGUACAGGGAUCAUCGAUUGUUCAAGGAGGCCUACGAUGACUUGGUUAGCUGGAUUGGAAGAGCCCGGGAGAAAUUCCCUUCAUUGAAACAGAGCAGCCUCAGCGAUAAAUUGGCCAUUGAAAACGCUGUCCAAGCUACCGAAGCUCUCCUCAACAAGCAGGCACAGGGUGAACUGCUCGUGGAGCACUUGGUCCACACUGGAGAGGUGGUUCUGGCCAGUACCUCUGCUCAAGGCCAGGAAAUCAUUAGGAAUGAUAUCCGUGCCUUGCGCGACAGCUUCGAGGGCUUGUUCCGUGAAAUCAACCAGCAAAAGGAAAACCUGGAGGUGACCAUGGUUCAGUGGCGAGCUUAUAAGGAGGAAUAUGAACGUCUGAUGGAGUGGCUCCAACAGAUCGACAUCCUUGUGAAGAACCACAAGCUUAAUCUGUGCCCCAACCUACCUGACAAGGAGAAGCAGGUGGCUGAUAUGAAGGAUGUAAUGUCUCGUCUCGAGAAAGGCAAAGAUGACAUCGAUAAGUUUAAUGCUUCGGCUGCCAGUCUGCUAAAGUCCCAUCUGGAUACUUAUGUGAACAAUCAGCUACGGCACUUGAGCUCCGUGUAUCAAGUACAGGUAAAUCUAGCCAAGGAUGUUCUCAAGAAGGUGGAGACCAACCGCGAUCAGCACCGUGAAUACGAUGCCAAUAUGAAAUCUGCCAAGGACUGGAUAGCAAAUGCCAAGGCUACAAUUCAGUCGGCCGGUGAAGGAGCAGGCUCUAAGGAGGCUCUGCAGCGUCGCCUCGAGCAAAUUCAGGAUCUGAUUCGCAACCGUGAGCUUGGACAGAACUUGGUGCAUACCGCUAUCAAUAAUGGCGAAAAGAUCAUUCGGAACACGCGUUCCGACGGACGUGACGCCAUUAAUUCCGAGAUGAAGGAACUCCAAACCGAAUGGGAUCGCCUGGUGAAGAAAAUGUCCACAGCCAAGGUGCAGUUGGAGACAAAUCUGUUGCAAUGGGCGGACUACAGUUCCAGCUACUCCCAGCUGCAGCAAUGGAUUACUGACAGGGAGGCCAAGUUGCAGCAGGCUUGUGAACAGAAGGUCGUUAAAUCCAAGAGGGGUCAACCUGGUCUCAGCAGUGGAUUGAGCGAACGCAAGGCCAAUCUUCGGCAGACAAACAACAUUGUCCAGGAUAUUGUGUCAUUUGAGCCCAUGAUUCAGUCGGUUACUUCCAAGGCUUCGGUUCUUCAGCAGGGUGCUCCGGGCACUGAAAUCUCGGAUAAGUACGAGAAUCUUACGAAGCAAGCUAAGGACUUGUACGAGAAGCAGAAGAACACCAUCGAGAGCUAUCAGUCCUUGAUUGAUGCGGGCAAUGAGUUCGCCACUUGGUUGAGAAAUGCCAAGGAACGAUUGAGCAAGUGCUCUGAGCCCACUGGAGAUAAACAAGCCCUGGCCGAGAAGACCCACCAGCUGAAGAUUCUGCAGGGUGAGCUGCCAGAAGGCGCCCAGAAACUUAAGAAUGCUCUGGAACAGGGCGAGAUCGCUUGUCGCAGUGCCGAGCCCGAGGAUUGUGAGAUCAUCGAGCAGGAAGUGGCUCUUCUUCAAGAGGAAUUCGAUGCCUACAGGGAAGCCCUCAAUAAGGCCAAGGAUUACUUGGAAGUGGGUAUUGUCAAGUGGUCCGACUACCAGGAUCAGUACACCGAAGCUCUGGAGUGGUUAAGUAAGACCGAAGCUUUGGUACAAUCCUACAACAAAUUGCAGGAUAGUUUGAUCCAAAAGAAGGUUGUCCUCGAGCAAUUCCAAGGACAUCUGCAGACCCUAUUCGACUGGCAGAAGACUCUGGAUGAUCUGAACAUAAGGGCGCAGGUUCUACUGGAGACUUGCUCCGAUACAAGAAUCAGCAAUGCUAUCAUGCAACUGACCACCAAAUACAAUGCUCUACUCACUCUGGCCAAGGAGGUAAUGCGUCGCCUGGAGAUGCACUACCAGGAGCACCAGCAGCACCACAGUCUGUACGAGGAGUGCCAAUCAUGGAUUGAGAAGACCCGUGAGAAACUUUCCGAGUGCGAACAAAUUCCCGGAACUCUUAACGAGGUUCAAAUCAAAUUGAACACCGUGAAGAACCUUCGUCAAGGUUUUGAAACCGGCCAGAAUAAGCUGCGUUAUCUUUUGGAGCUCAAGGAGAAGGUGAUAAUGAACACCGAACAAAAUGGGGCAGCCAAGAUCCAGGAAGAUACCGAAGCCUUGAAGCAGGACUUUGACAAACUCCUGGUGGAUCUAAACGAUGUUCGCCAGAAAUUGGCCAAUCGUCUUGCCCAGCUGGAGGAGAUCUUCAAGCUGUACAAGAUCCUGGUUGAAUGGCUAGAGGAUGUGGAGCCGAGUGUCAAGACCAGCGAUGAGUUCCUGAAUGACUUGAGUGAGAAACGAGCGGCGCUGGAGAAGUUCCGCGUCAUUCAGCGCGAUAUCAAUGGCCACAAUGAUAUUGUGGAAAAGAUCAAUCAGCGGCUUAAGGAGGACAACAGUUUGGAUCUGAAGGACUUCCAGCCCGGCUUGACCAAAUUCGAUGACCUGCAGAGCCAGGUAAACAAAAUCAUCGAGUCGCUGGAGAACCAGGUAAACAGCCACGAGAAAUACAAGCAGGCCUACAAUGAGCUGCAAGAUUGGCUGCGACGCACUCGCAUUGAGGUGGAGCAGUGUGCCGACUGCCAUGGCGAGAACGAUCAAGUGGAGAGUCGUCUGAAUCGAUUGGGAGAUAUACAAUCAUCGUCUCUGGAGGGCAAAGCCCUUCUUGAAGCUUGCGAAGAGCUGAGUCAGGCGGUGAUUGCCACCAGCGGUAGCGAAGGCCAGGACAAUGUGGCCCAGGAGAUCAAGCAUCUCACCUCGGAGUGGGAGACCCUCCAAGCAUUAUCCCGCGAUGCUCGCAGCAGCUUGGAAUCCUGCUUGGCCGCCUGGCAGACCUUCCUGCAGAAGUUCAACAAGAUCAACCUGUGGAUCGAAACGAUGAACAAGCGCGUUACCAAAUCCCAGGAAGGCGAGAACAAGACCCCCGAAGAUUUGGUUAAUGCCAAGAAACUGCUUGAGGAAGUGCUGGCCGAGAAGGACAAUGUCGAGGACCUGAACGACAACUGUGAGCUUCUCAUGGAGCAGAGUGCCUGCACUCGCAUUCGUGACCAGACCAUCGAAACUCAGGCCAACUACACCAAGCUCCUGACUUCCGCCCAGGGAUUGGUGGCCAAGAUCGAGAAGAAUCUGUCCGAUCACACCGAGUUCCUAAACUAUAAGAAGGAAAUGGACGCCUGGAUCGAAAAAGCCCAACAGGUUCUGGACGAAUGCUCCACUGAUGGCGACGCAGCCAUCAUUGCCCAGAAACUGGACACAGUCAAUUCCUUGGCUUCUCGCCUGCCCGAGGGUCAGCAUCUGUUGGCUCUGGUGCAGGAUGCCUACUCGAAGGCAUCGAACAUCACUCCUGAGGAUAAGCAAGAGAAGCUGCGGGAGCUGUUGACCAAGGUGCGUGAGGAUUGGGAUGCGCUGGGACUGGCCGUAAAGCAGAAGUUGAGCGACCUCAAGCAGGCACAGAAUCGUUGGAACGAUUUUGCUGCCAACAAGGAUAAACUUGAGAAGUGGCUCAAUGAAACCGAAUCGACUCUUAAGGUGGCACCGGAAACCAAGGGCGAACUGAGUGAAAUGAAGACCCUGCUGGAGCGCUACAAGACCCUUUCGAAUGAACUGAAACAGAAGGGCAACGAGCUGGAGCAGCUGCAGUCGGAGGCUCGCGACCUGGGCACCGAAGUGGAUGCAGUGAAUCGCUUGCAAUCGCGAUGCGACAAGCUGAAGAACGAGUGCUCAGCUCACAUUGCGGCGCUGGAACAGGAGAUGUUCGAUUAUAAUGCCUACCACCAGAGUCUGCAGGAUGUGGAGAAGUGGCUCCUGCAGAUCUCCUUCCAGUUGAUGGCCCACAACUCGCUGUUCAUCUCGAAUCGUGAACAGACCCAGGAGCAGAUCAAACAGCACGAAGCGCUGUUGGUUGAAAUUCAAAAGUACCAGACCAAUUUGGAUGAUUUGAAUGCCAAGGGUCAGGCGCAGAUUAAGCGCUAUGAAUCCUCAACCCCAGCCAUCCGUCCCAUUGUUGAGUCACAGCUGAAGAAUAUCCAGGAUAGCUAUAACUCCCUGCUGCAAACCUCAGUGCAGAUCAAGAACCGCCUGUUGGAAUCGCUGGCCAAGUUCCAGGAAUACGAGGACACUUUGGAUAGCAUUAUGCGUAAUCUGGAGACGUAUGAGCCCAUUAUCCAGACCGAACUGGAUGCUCCGGCCACCAGCCUGGAGUUGGCUCAAAACCAAUUGAGGUGUGCCCAGGAGAUGCAGAACAAGCUGAACAACGAGAAGUCCCGGCUGGCAGCUGCCGUUCAGGCCUGUGAGGCAGCCACUGCCUCCAUCAGUAGACCCAGUUCUCCACUGGAAACGGCCAUGCAGGCGAUUCCCGAAAGGGAGCUCAUUGUGCGCGCCAAGCUCGAGGAUCUGCUGGAUCAGAAACCGCCUCCAAAGACUCGGAGCUCAACCAAAGGUGUCAACAGAGAUGAUGAUGAAGACGAGGACGAUGUUGAGAUUCAGGUUGAGCUCAGCGAUGUAAAUGAGGCGCUUUUGGAUCCCAUUGCCCACGAGCGUGUCAGCAACUAUCGCCGCAUAGUUCGCCUGAAUAGCGCCCAUGUGGGCAAGCUGAAUGAAUUAGUUGCUAAGGUGCAAUCCCACUUGGGUGGUCUGACUGCAUCCGUUAGCGAACUGGAGCAACAGCAGAAGCAGCGCGCCGAGCUGCAGGAUUGGGUGAAGAAGCAGCAGAGCUCCGUCUCAGAUUGGAUGAUGCGUCCCUGCAAACUGCGUCCGGAGGCAGCUCAGCAGGAGCUGGUGUCCAUGAACGAUUUGUUGAACUCCAUCGGUGACAAGCGGUCGCAGUUGAUGCUGGAGAUGACAGGAUCAUUGGGCGACGAGGACACCGAUCUGGAUGAUAACAUCGACAAGCUGGAAUCCGAGCUCAUGGAUGCCAUUGCCAAGAAGCAGGCUGGUCAGAAUGUAAUCGACGGCUAUCGCCAGGGAAUGGCUGAUGUCCAGAACUGGUUCGAUACUCUGAUCAAGCGCAUGGACGUUUUGGAUCGCGGUUCGGGUUUGAAUUGUGCCCAGAAAAUGGCUGCCAUUAAUGAGAUCAAAAACGAAUAUGAGCUGCAAGGACAUCCCAAGAUUCAGGAGUUGAAGGGCAAGGCAGCGCAGGUGGCGGAGGUCAUCAGCAAUCUCGAUGGUCAGCAAGUGGAAGAGCAGAUGAAGUCACUGGAUCGCCGCUUUGCUGAUCUCGGCAAGCGCAUCGAUCGCAAGGCUCAACUCCUGGAUGUGACCAACAAGGGUGUGGAGGGAGCCAAGGGCGAGAUUGAUCAACUCCAGAAUUGGGUGAAACAACAGAUUGAGGAGCUGCAGGCCCCCACUCCAUUGGGCUACACUCCAAAGGAUGCCGAGGCACGCCAGCAGAAGAUCAAGAGUCUGAUGAAGGAUGCCGAGGCCAAGCAAUCCCUGGCCGAUGUCCUUGAAAAGCGUGUGGCCAACAUGCAGCAGGAAUUGGAACCCGUUGAGUACUCCCAACUGGAGUCCGCAUUGCGUAAUCUCAACACCGAGAACCGCAAUUUAUCGGGAGUCCUAAAGGCUGAACUGGAUCGUGCUCUGGAGGCCAGCAAGGCUCGUAAAUCGCUGGAGAACGAUCUGGACAAGGCACGCCAGUGGCUGAAGACCAAGAUCUCUGAAGUGCGCAAGCUGCCCGUGUACCACCCACUUACCUCUGCUGAGAUCGAGAAAAAGAUCCAGGAGAACCGGAAAUACGAUGACGAUGCCAAGCAGUUCAACGACAGCGUUUUGACUGAUGUUCAGCGUCAAGCGGCCAACAUAAUGAAGGAUUGCGAUGAUGCCGACAAGGCUGCGCUGCAGCAGAUCCUGGAUGAAAUCGCUGCCGACUAUCAGACCCUCAAGGACGAGAGCAGCAAGAGAGGAAAGUCUCUGGAUGAUCUGCUGCAAGGUCGCAAAGCCUUUGAGGAUUCCAUGAAGAACAUGGGCGAUUGGUUGAACGAAAUGGAAACCGCCACCGAGGGUGAGCUUCGUACCACUAGUCUCCCCGUUUUGGAGGAGCAGCUGGCCCAUUACAAGAAGCUCCUCAGCGAUGCCGAGAACAAGGGCGGCCUCAUCAACGAUGUUUCGGAGCAAGGCAAGAGCAUUCUGCCCACACUGAGCAAUGCCGAUAAACUGAAACUCAACGACGAUAUCAAGAACAUGAAGGAUCGUUAUGGCAGAAUCAAGAAUACCAUCGAUGACCGCGUGAACGCCCUGGGUGAUCACAUCAAGAAGUACAAGGAUGCCAAGAGCAGGCUGGCCGAGUGCAGUCAGUUCUUGGGCAAUAUUCAGCAGAAGCUCAGGGAACUCAACCGCCCGAUUGGAUCCAGGAUCGAAGAUGUCCAGGACUUGUUGGGUGCCUAUGAGGGAAUUCUCAAGGAACUCAAGGACAGCAAGAGCAAGAUGGGCGACAUGCAGAUGGAUGAUUUGCCAGAGCUGCAGAGCAUUUUGGCCCAGCAGGAUGAUAUGAUUAAACUGAUUGAAGAUCAGUUGGCCCAUCUCCGCCAGCUUCUGCUGCUCCGCGAGCAGUUUAUUGCUUUGAUUAAUGAGAUUAUUGCCUUUAUCAUGAAAUACACCGAUGUUAUCAUUGAUAUUGAGAACUCACCUGAUAGCCUGGAGGAUAAGAUCAACAAGUACGAUGAUGUGAUUGUGAAGAUCCAGGAGUGCGAAGGUGUAUUGGCUUCGGCCAAUGACAAGGGCCAGAAGAUAGCCUCCGAAGGUAAUGCCGCCGAUAAGAACAGCAUUACUGAGCAGUUGCAGUCCCUGAAGAAUCAGCUGCAGAAUCUCCGCAAGGCGGUGGAGUCGCAGCGUCAAAAGCAUCAACUCCAGCUGGAAUCCCACAAGAAGAUGGCCGCCGAACUGAGCGAAAUCCUCGACUGGCUGCACAGCCACGAGGGUGCAGCCAAGUCGCGUCCUCUACUGGAUCGGGAUCCCGAAUCCGUGGAGCGUGAGCUGCAGAAGCACCAGGGUCUCAGUCAGGACAUCGAAUCCUAUCUCAAUAAAUUCAACAAAAUCAAUGAUGGUGUUAAAACCGAAAUUGGCAUGCCAAGUUCCCUGCUGGAAAUGCUCUCCGAGGGCAGAUCCCUGGUGGCUUCACUGCCCCACGAACUGGAGGAGCGUGAAAAGUAUCUGAAGAACAACCGCGACUCUCGUUUGGAGUACAUGCAACUGGUAGCCAAGUUCAAUGACUGGGUCCAUGAGGCCGAGCUGCGCCUUCAGAACAGCCAGCAUGGCAUCGACUACGAGCACUUGGUCCAGGAUCUUGAAGAACACAAGAUAUUCUUUGGCAAUGAGGCUCCCAUCCGUAAUCUGGUGCACAAGCAGAUCCAGGAGGCCGCCGAUAAGAUCUGGUCCUCGCUGAACAACUAUGAACAAUCGGAGCUUUCGGCGGAGUUGGCUCAGUUCCAAACCAAGUUGACCAACACCCUGGCCAAUGCCAAGACCCAACAGAGUGAACUGGAGAAGGAGGCGGAACGCUGGCGGGAAUACCAGCAGUCCAUCGAUCGCGUCAAGGCCACCAUCGAACGUACCAAGUUCAUCGAUGAGCCCGUCCAGAAUUUGGCUGGCCUCCACUUCAAUAUCCAGAAGCUGUCGCACGCCAUCGGCAAUGUUCAGAGCCAAAACAGCGACUUAACGCUAGUCAACCAGCAGGCCCAAUCUCUCAUCCGCCAAGCGGACGCCCGCAAUCGCCAGCUGAUCGAGCAGGAUAACGCCGGACUGAAUAGAUCUUGGCAGGAUCUGGUGCGCAGCCUGGAACAGCGACGCGACAACCUGCAACAGUUGGCCGAACAUUGGGACGGCUUCGAGAACAGCCUGCACGCCUGGGAAAAGGCACUUGGUCGACUGGAGGACAAGUUCCGCAAUGUCGAUCCGACUGUAAGAUCCCGACGUCACUUGGAAGAUACGAAGAAUGCCAUUCAGGAACUACGUGAAGAAUCAAAUCAACUUAAAUCAUCACAUAAAGAAAUCGAGGCGCUCUCUAAAUCCAUCCUCACAUUCCUUGGGGAAGUACACAAACCCUCGGCGGAGGCCAUACAGGCCAAAGUGGAUAAGUUAGUUGAACAGCAGGCCAAAUUGAACGACACUCUGCGCGAUAAGGAGCAACAGGUUAGCAAGGAUCUCGAGGAGAUCGAGCAAGUCUUCCGUCGCAUCUCGCAGCUGCAGGACAAGCUAAACGCGCUUCACGAUCAACUCCAAUCGGUUCACGUCUACGACGAGCACAUAGCCCAAACAGAACAGCUCCUAAUCACACUGAACAGUCAGGUGCAGCAGGCCGCCGAGGAGAGCAAAUCACUGGUGGCCCAGACCACGGCCCACUACCAGGCCAAACAGAAUCAGCUGCCCAGCGACAUUGCCCAGGAGUUUACGGCUCUUGAGCUACUUGCCGAACGAGUCCAGGUGACCAUGGAGACCAAAGAGAAGGAUUUCAAGCGGGCGAAGACCGUGCGCACCGAAUAUGUGGCCGGUGUGGACGAGGUGCAGCGUUGGCUGCUCCAGGCAGAGGUGCAGGUGCAGGAGCGAAGCCUCACACCCACACAGAUGAAGGAGCUGCUGCAGCGCAUCAAUCACGAAAUCACCGCCAUCUACGAACGCUUCACCCUGGUCAAGACCAACGGCCAGCUGAUCAUCGAGAACUGUCGCAACAGCGAGGAGAAGACGCUGGUGCAGACGACCAUCGAUCAGUUGGCCGCAUCGCUGGCCCAGGUACGCGGCUGGCUGGACGAGAAGAAGCAGGCGGUGGGCGAUAGUCUGGACGCGUGGACGAGGUUCAUGAACCUCUACCAGAUCGUGAUGUCGUGGGCUUCCGAGAAGCGCACCUUCAUCGACCAGACCAUCGAGCUGCGCACCCUGCCCGAGGCACGCAACAAACUGAACGACUAUGUGACGGCUGUGAAGAGUAUUAAACCGAUUGUGAAGCAUCUGAGCGAAAUGGACAAGGAACUGGAGCACAUUGGCCAGGUGACCACUGUGGGCGAUCUCAAGGACAAACUGCAGGAGGCCGAGGAUGCGAAGAUAUCCGUGGAAGCGGUGCUGCUAGAGAGGAACUCCCUGCUGCAAGAGGCCUGCGAGGAAUGGGACCAAUGUGAACGCAAGAUUAAGGAUAUACGCUCCUGGCACGAAAAGACGAAGCAGGGACUGGACUCCUCGCAGCAGCAGAAGAAACCGCUGCGCGAUCAGCUCGGCUUCUGUGAGAAGACCCUGGCCGACAUUAAUGUGCAGAAAACGAAACUGAGACUGUCCAUCGAGAAACUGGAGGUUCAUUUCCGCAAUGGCAUGGGCGGUGAUCCGCGCCUGAGCGAGAACGUCGAUGAUCUGGUGCGCGUGCUCGACGGCCUCGGCGAAUUGGUUAGGGCCAAGUCGCAGAGCCUCGAGCAGACGCUGGCCCAGAUCGACGUUUACCAGCAGCAGAUGCAGUCCCUGCGCCAGCGCAUCAUCCAGGAGGAGCAGCAGCUCCGCCUGGUGAUGGCGCCCACGUACUUGCCGCACGAUCGCGAGCGCGCAUUAGCCGAGCAACAGGAUCUAAUUACGCAAGAGCUCGACGAACUGCUCCAAUCGCUUUCGAGCGUCGAGGAUGGCAUCGCCAACAUGAACCAGAGCAGCUUGGAUGGCAUGCUACACGGAUUGAAGCUAAUCCAGAGCAAUCUCGAAGUACACGAAAGGGACGCCAUCGAGUUAAAGAACCAGGCAAAGACAUUGCCCACAGAUCCGGCUACUGAACGUUUGCUCAACGACACCGUGGACCGGAUUGACUUACUACUACGCCGCACUCAGCAAGGCAUCACCAUGAUAGCGAAUGCUAUGCAUGGUCAGAAGAAGCGCCAGGAGGAGAUCGACGAGUACCAGCAACAUCUGCUGGAGCUGGAGCAAUGGAUCAUCGAGGUUUCCGCCGAACUGGCUUCCUUUGAACCCACCUCGGACAGCAGCACGGAUGAGCAGGUGCUCAAGUCGCAGGUGGAGAGAAGCCAGCAGUUGCUGCGCACCCUCAAGGAUCGCCAGCAGUCCAUGGAGGAUUUGGUGGAACAGACGCGCCAGCUGCAAUCCCAUCCCGACGUUGCUCCCUUGGCUGACACGCUGAUGGAGCAGCUGCAGAGUAUCAUUACCAUUCUGCGGGAACAGGUCACCGUGGCCACCAAGCGCAUCUUUACCAUUGAAAAGCGCAUUGUGGACUUGCGAAAGGCCAAGAGCGAGGAGGCGCAACGCCAGCGUGUGCUGGCUGAUUCCCUCAUCAAGCCACCAACAGAAGUGCCAGCGGGUCCAGAGGCGCAUGAAUCCAUCGAGUCCAACGAGAACACUAUCGACUCCAGCUCCAUGCCCGAAGAGGAGAUCAAACCGACUGGAGUCUAUGUGGAGACACAGACAUCGCUCAGCCUGCAGCAGCCCCCCGUUCAAGUGGUGACCACCACGACUGUGGAGGCGCAGACCAGCUUCAAGGAGCCAGCUGUAGAGACCGCAGAGGUGGCUCUGCAAACCCAGAAGGAGCGUUCGCCCACCGAGAACAUUAUGGUAACGCAGACGGUGCAGCAUGGCCAGGAAACGAUCCAGAUCGACACGACUCGCAACAAGGAGGUGCCCGAUGAGCCCGAAGAUGUGCAGAUCGAGGCUCGUUACCAUCAACGACCUAAGGGCGAUGUGGACCGCGCCACCGAGUUGAUCCUUAAAAAUGUACCUCAAGCUUUCGAAACCACUUUCGUGGAGCCAGAUGACACGACCACCGAAGUGAUUGUGGGACCGGAUGGCACCAAACACAUUGUGCUCAAGAAAGUAACCCGAACCCGCCAGCAAGUUGUACAGCAGCAGCAGAUCAGCUCAAUCGAGACAAUAAGCGAUUCGGAUGGUAACAUAGAGGUUCACUCCACGGGUCAGAUUAAUUUGGAGAACGUGCACACCACGGACACCAAAGCUGAUCCCGAGGAGGGCAGUGUCCACACAGUAAUCACACAGCAAACGCGUGGUGCUGUUGUGGAUUCAUCGCAGCCCGAGGGUGUGAUCCUGCAGGAAUUCGAGACCGAGCCCACUAUUGAGACGUACGAGGAAGUGAUUGCCCCAGGCUCCCAGGCGCAGCUGAUUCCCAUGCAGGCAGGAGAUGUGCAAACCCAAGGCACCAUCCGAGCAGUAGUCCAGCAGGUGACCCGUAAGGUGAUCCGUAAGACGCGCAAGAUAAUCAAGCGCGUGGUGAUCAUCGACGGAAAGGAGCACAUCACUGAGGAAGUGGUCGAGGAGCCGGAGGAAGUGGAGAUCACAGAGGAGGAGACAGCACCGCACAUCAACGUAAAUAUUGUGCGAACCGUUGACGGUAAGGUGGUGAGCGAGGAGGAGUUCCAGCGAAUGAUGCAGGAGCCCGGAGUUCUAAUCGAAGAAGUUGCCACGGAUCUGCAAAAGCAGACGACGGCAGAACCGCAGCAAGAGGUAUUUGAUAUUGAGUCUACCCAAGUCACAACCACCACAAGAACUACAACCGCAACCACACAAGAACAAGAACAGCCAGAACAACAGACACAACCAACAACAGAAACGACUAAAGAAGCACCAGUAGAGUUGCCAGCACCUCAAGUAGAUGUUGAACAACCCGUAGUAGUUGUUGCCACUACCAGUCCCGUUCAUGUUCCAACAGCGGAUGUAGUCGAGCCCAACGACUCCUCGCCGACUGUAGACGUCGAAGCAGUGGUUGAAGAUAUCAACGAGAUUUGGCCACUGGAACAUCACCUCAAACCCACCAACAUUGACUUCUCCCAGCACGUCGAAGAACUGGCAGCACCAGCGACCACAGUAGAGACUGAAGCCUCCAUGCCAGUAGAGGAAAUUUGGCCGACAAGCCCAGAAACCGGAAACUCAUUGACCCUGGAGCACUAUGAGUUCGAGCCACAAUCACCUCAUGAAGAGAGCACAAAAUCUGAUCUAGUUAAGCCCCAAGAGACUGAGCCGCAAGUUGUUGCAGAAACUAAGCCAGAAGCCAUUACCACUGGAAGUAUUACCAUUACCAAGACUACAACCACCAUCACAAGCUCCACAGAAUUACCGCAGGAAACUCCUGCCCACCAUUUGCCAGCAGAUGAACAACAGCCUCCUGCAUCCGAAAUCAAGACUGACAUUCAAAGUUUCCUUGAAGCCGAACAGACAUUGGCCGCAGCUCUAAAGGAGCAGUCUUCAACUCCGACUGAAGCUUCGGUGGUUGAAGAUGUGCAGGCUCAGCCUGAGGAAAUUGUUCUUGAGGAGAGGACUGUUGAAAUUUCAACCAUCAAGACUGAAGAAAAUCAAGAAGCGCCAGUUGCCGUAGAAGAAGUGAAAUCACUGUCUGCAGAGUCUGAACCAGUAGUUUCCGAGCUGCAGGAAGUGGCCAUUGAGAUUGUCGAGCAGACUGACCAAAAGCCAGAAGAGCUCGUUGUUGGAAAACAACCCGCUCCUGGUCAAAUCGACCUGCGUGCCGCCACUCAACUCUUCAUCUCUGGAGAGGCCGCAGCUUCAACGGCUCCACAGAAAACCUUCCAGAUUACAGCACCCUCUCUGGAGGACAAUGGCGCUGGUGUGCUGAAGGUUGUCCUGGGCAAGGAAAGCACCAACGAAGAGGAUACCGCAUCUCCAACCACCGGCAAGGUUAGCAUGACCAUCAUUGAGACCGCUGCUGCUCCCGUCGACGACGCCAAGCGGCGUCGAAAGAAAAAGAAGAGAAGAGAUACAAAGCACGAGGAGGAGCUUGAGCAAGAACCAGAGACUGAGCCGGAAGUCGUUGCCGUUGCGGAGCCUGAGGUGAGCUCUGAUGUGCCCGUUUCUCCGGAGGAUUCGCCACGCGAUACUGUGCGUCACGAGUCCAUUGUUGAGAUUAGUCCCGAUAGCGAUUUGUCCAGCAUUGAGACUGACACGAAGGUUAAGAUUGUGGAGGAUGCCGUUGUUUCUUCGCCAUCGGAGUCGCCGCGAACGCCAAUGGUUGAGCUGGUCAUUCCCACCGAGGUUGUUGAGUUAGCUUUGGUCGAGGAUGAGGAACAACAGACCACACCGCGUGUUCCCUCGCCCACUGAAAAGACGGAAGUCGAACAGGAUAUUAAAUCCGUGCAGACUUCGCCACAGCAUCAACCCACACUGGAUGAGACUGCAGUGCAGACGAGUCUGGAGGUGCAACCGGAUAACCAGGAGAAUGAAUCGCAGACACUGAUUGUGGAGAUAACUGAGACUGAAGCACAAACCACUCCCCGAAACGAGGAGCAGCCGGUGGCCGUGGAGAUAUCCACCACUGAGAUUCAAACCGAUGUGAGUGGCCAGCCAGCUGAAACUGUAGAGAUUUCCAGCCAAACUACCGUGACCACCACCAUCGAGAAGGAACUGCAGACCACUCCAAAGGAUUCUCCUCGCGCACCAGAGGCAGGCAGCAGUGACGUGGUGGAAUCUCUGGUGCAGGAUUUGGUUAAGGAUAUGACUACCGAUCUGCCAGUUCGCACAAGCGAACAAUCUACCGUGACUGAAACCACCGCAACCACUGAAACCCAUGUGCAGACAACCACUCCGGAGCCCAGAGAACAAACUGAAGUCUUUAAACCGGAAACUGUCCAUGAAGAGACCUCAACGGUGGAACUUGUGCAGGUCGCUGAUGGUGAGAUGCAAACCACGCCUCGUGGAGAUGUGCAACCUGCAUCUCUGGAGGAUACCUCUCUGACUGCCACUUCGAUAUCCGUUUCGGAACCCUACGAACUGGAGGUCAAGACUACCGUGGCCAUUCCCGCUGAUUCUGAUGCAUCCUUGGCUGAGCCGACGGUCUAUGAAUACACACAGACCAUGCAGUUGCCCAAGCAGGACAAGAAAUCCAAGAAGGACAAGAAAAAGAAGCAGAAGAAUGUGCCUGAAGUGGAGCAGCAGCUGCCAGAGGAGCCACAGAUCAGUGUGACCGUUGAAAUCGCACCAGAGUUGCUAUCCGAGUCAGGUAUUGUGGUAUCCACUAACCAGCAGAUCGAAGAUGUGCCCCAUGUAACACCGGUGGUGGACACUCCCAUCGAAUGCGAAGAAGUGGAAACGCCCAAGGCUCAAAGAGUGCAACUUCAAAUCACCAAGACCACUGUCUACGAUGAGUAUCCCGAUCUGCCAGUUCAUAUUACUGAGCAGAACAAGGUACUGAUUGCGUCCCAGCAGGGCAAACGAUCCGGAGCAGGACCCACAUCCUCAGCGGUGACCAUCGAAGAGGUGGGCUCACCCACGGAGGAGCUGGUGGUGCCCAUCACCCCGGGACCGGACAAUCUGAGUGGCGAGCCCCACAACAUCUGGUUCAGUGCCACCACCAGUGUGGAUAAGACACCCAUUGAACUCUCCCAGGCUCUGAUUAUGAGCGAGAGUUUGCAGCACUAUCCAGGACAACAGCAACCGACCCAGCAGCCGAUCCUGAUUUCCACCAAGGAGGCCAUUGGUGACCGCAUCAAGCAGCUCAAGCAGGCGUCGCCCCAACAAGCCACUCCCCUGAGCAAUGUGCUCCACUUGGCCACGUUGUCUGAACAGAUUAAGGAACUGCCCACUGAGCAACGCAUCUUGGAGGUCAACGAAGGUCUGCAGGAUCUCGAUGUGGCCAUUAAAACAGGUGACAAGACUGUGAUUCAAACCACUGUUAUCACGGUCAUCGAGAAGGUAUCAACUUGGUUGGAAACCAUCGAAUAUCGCGUGUACCUCAUCAGGCAGAACUCCAACGAGGGACCCUCCGAGGAGAAGCUGGACAACUAUAACCAACUCAACGACGAGCUCAGCACCAUCAAGCAAAAUGUCGGCCAACUUGAGCGACAAUUGUCGAAGGCUGAACCGGAACCAGAGUUGGUGAAAUGCGUGGAUAGCCUGAAGGAGCAUGUGGAUGCGGUGGAGCAGGUCACACAACAGAACCAGGUGCAGGACAGCAAUGAUCUGGACAAGUGGCACAGCUUCGAGGUACUGCUGUACAACGUGUCCUCCGUCUUGGCCGAGCUGCAGCAGAGCUACGAUCUCUUGAUCAAUCAGGAGUAUCCUUUGUCCGCUAAACUGGCCCAGCUGGACGAGUUGGAGCAGCAGCAUGAGGCGGCACAGCAGCAACUUGCGCAGCUCUGUCAAAAUGCUCGAGCUUUCCAGCGCGAUUUCCCAGGCAAGAAGAUGCCGCAGGAUGUGCACAAUGCCUUCGAGGCCAGCAAGAAUAUUGCCAACAACAUUCAGGCAGAGCGGGAGCGUGUCCUUCAACUGCAAUCCCUGGCGGAGGAGUACGAGCAGACGCUCCAAGAGUUCACCAAAAUCACAGUGCUGGCCGACAAGCUGGUUGAGAGUCCAAUAGUUUCCAGUUCGCUCGAGCAACUAAACAACGAGGUGCAGAAGCAGCGGAAGUUCUUUGUAAAUCUCAGCCACUGUCGUGCCAUGUUGGAGUCCCUGGAGGAGAACAUCGAUAGUGAGACCCGCGAGAAGCACUCGGAGUUGCACAAGGAGCUCUACAACCGGGCUACCAGUCUGCUGGACAAGGCAUCCGAAAGGUCCUCCAAAUUGGUGCAAGCUGCCUCCCGUUGGACUGUGCUGGAGAAGGGCAUGCGGGAUGAACUGCAAUGGCUCCAGGUGGCACAGCAACGAGUUCCCGACUUAUCUGCCGUAACUUCCGCCGACUACGAUCAAUACACCACCCUGUACCAGUCGCUGAGCAAUGAUAUCUCGCAUCACUACGUGAAAAUGACGCAGCUUUCGGGAAUUGCCAACAAGUUGCAGCAUUUGGUGCAGGCACCCAAUCUCGUGGAGGAAACCAAUGAGGCCUUGAUAGUGCUACUCAAGCUCCGCGAGGAGGUUGCUCUCUACCUUCACCGCCUUCUGGUCUUCAAGGAAAUCUGGGUGCAGUACGAGCAGCAAACGGAUAAGCUGGAGGCCUUUGUGCGCGAAGCAGAGCAGGAAUUGAGGAACAUUCAGAUACCCUCGCAACCCACUCACCAGCCCAUCGAGCACAUGCGUCAAUUCUGGGAGAUUAAGGCCCGCUUCGAGCUCCACAAUAAUGUGCGCACCGAUACGGGUCUGAGCUUUGAAAAAUCCCUGCAGGUCAUUCCAUUGGCCGACGAGAUGCUUCAGCGGCAGUUCCAUGCCCAACUGGAGGAUCGCUGGCAGGCCGUGGCCCAGGCCAUCGAGCUCAUUCAGCACAACAUUGUGGAGUGCCUGUCGUCGGAGGAUGUGCCCGCGGACGAGAAACUCAAAAUGGUGGAGCGAGAGCUGCAGGAGAUCUACCUGACCAUGACCAGCAUGAAGGGUGUCAUCAAGAACGAGGAGGAGCUCUGCCUGUACAUCGAACGAGUUCAAGUACUUCGCACGCGCGUCGGAUUCAUUGGCAACGAGCUGGGCAGGAUUGGACUGCAAGAGCCCGCCAUUGAGCCGGAAAAGGUGGGUGAGCUAUUCUCGCUCUCCCACAAGAUAAGCACCCAGAUUGCCGAGGAGCUGGAGGGCGCAUCUGUCCUGCGUGACCAGCUGCAGGCCAUCCAGGAGGGUAUUAGCAAUCAGCGCAAACACCAGGCCAAGAUCUCGGUCAUACUGGAUGAAUGUGAGGCCGCCGAGCGCCAAGGAGCAGAUGUCCUCGAAAAGGCCGUCGCCGAUUGCCAGGCCGCCGGCGAGGAGCUGGUCAUCAGCUGGCAGGAGAUUAUGCGAAUCCGCCAGAUGCUCCACACCCUGCCCAUGCGCCUCAAGAUGUCCGUUUCCCCAGUCAAGUUGGAGAGGGACAUCUCCCAGCUGCAGGACGACCACGCCUUCCUCGAGAGCAAGUGCACCAACAUCAUGGCCAUCCUGCGAAGCCGCCUGGCCGUCUGGCUGCGCUACGAGCGUCAGCUGGAGCUGGUCCACGGAUCCGUCCAGGAAACCGAUUUCAUGAUGGAACUCAUCCGGGUGCACGGUCAAGUCGACUACGAGCGCCUGCGCAAAGCCACGGAACGUUUGGAGGGACUGGCUGGCGAUCUGCAAAACCGCGAGCAACUGAUCGAUGAGCUGAAGGGUGCCGCCAAGCCGCUGAUCGAGAGCUGCGAUGUCCAGAUUGUCGAGCAGAUCGAGUCCGCUGUCCAGGAGGCGGUAGUCGCCUGGAAUGACACCAGCGAGAAUCUGCAGCAGCUGCGUACCCGCUACCAAAGAGCCGUCGAACUGUGGGACAAGUACCGCAACGCCUCAGCGGCCGUCAAGAACUCCAUUGAGCAGCAGAUGGAUACGGUCAAGUCCCUGGAGCAGCCCCUGGAUGCACUGCAGCACGCCAAGGUAUGCCAAGACAACCUGACGACCCAGAAUGACAGAAUCUUGGAGCUGCGCGACAUUGUGGCCAAGAUCGCCGCCGAUGUGGGCCUGGAUGCCUCGGCCCUCAUGCAGGGUGAACUGGAUGCACUGGGCCAGCGAUUGGCCGAGUGCAAGGAUGCCAUCACCACGCUGGCCAACGUGGCCGAGACGCAGGACAAGGAGCGCAAGGAGCUCGACAAGGAGGUGACUCUGGCCAAGGCCUACUUCAACAAUGUGCAGCAGGACAUUUCCCGAGAGGCACCGCAAAAUCCCAGGGAGAGCGAGGAGCAGCUGGCCGCUUUGCGAGCCCAUCUCCAGACGUUGGCACGAACGGAAGAGCAGCUGCGUCAGCUGAAGGAGCGCCAUCAGAACAGCGAAGUGCCACCAUCGAUGGCCGGCAGCGAUGACGACGGCAUCCUGGAGGUUCUAGCCCUGUGGCAGAAGAUAUUCCAGGACACCUUCCAGGAGUACCAUCGCCUGUCCACGCGACUCGCCCGCAGCCAAAACAGCUCGGAGGCGCUGCGAUUGUGGCGGCAGUACCUUCAGCACGUCCAGUCCUUCCUGUCCUGCGCCAUUCCCGAGGACUACAGCAGCCUGCGAGAGCAGCAGCAGCUGUGUGCCAUCCACCAGAACUUGCUCAUCUCGCAGCAGAGUGUGCUUUCCGAAACACCACUCGAAUCGGAGCUAUCGGAGCAGUACAAGGCACUGACCAACCUGCACAAUGAAACCCUCUCGCGGAUCAUGCAGCGAAACAGUGAGCUGGAACGGCGGGUGAGUGGCUGGAAUGCCUACCGCCAGCAGCUGGCUGCCCUUUUGGACUGGCUGCGUCAGCGGGAAGCGGAGCGCAAUGCCCUCCAGCUGCGCUACAUUCACCUGAAGCGAGUGCCCCACCUGAAGCACCGCCUGGAUGCGAUGAUCCAGCAGCUGGAGCAGGGAGAACAGCAGAGCAAGGCCUUGCAGGAGCAGCAGCAGGAGCUGGCCAGGCACUGUGACGACGCGCUGGCCACCGCCAUGCGAAUGGAGCAGGCCAGCAUCGGCCAGCGGAUCAGCAAUUUGCGUGCAGCCCUCAAGACCUGGCAAGGAUUCCUGCAGCGCGUCACCCAGCUGUCGGAAAGCUACGAGCAGCGAGUGAACCAGUUGCAGCAGGAAUUCGCAGCGGCUCAGAAGCUUCUGGAUGCCAACAGCGAAUCCCUGCCCACUCAGCCAGCGGCCAUUGAGCAACUUCUGGGAUCCCUGCGUGCGCAGAGGGUCCAGCUUGGUGCCCAGGUCUUCGCUCUGGAGAGCCUCACUGUGACCCAGGAGGAGCUCAAGGAGUGCAUCAGUCCGCACGACAUGAAGACCAUUCGCCAACGGAACUGGCUGCUCUGGCAGCAGCACGCCGAUCUGGACUACCAGCUGGCCAACCUGAUCAACUCCAUUGAGGAGCGGCUUUCCCUACUGUCCAACUAUCAAAUCAGAUACGAUCGCAUCUCCCAGUGGCUGCAACGUCUGGAACAGCGUGUGGAAAAGGAUGCCGAUGUCACUGCCAUGACCAAUCCCGAGCAGGCAGCCAAGCAGCUGGAGCAGCAAGUUAAUUCCGAGCUGCAACUGAGGGACAAGGAACGGGAGUGGCUUCUAUCCACCAGCAGGGAACUGCUCACCCUCUACUCCGAGCCGGAAGUGCGGUCCCAGGUGCAACAGCAGAGCGACUCCCUCAUCGAUCGCUGGCAGCGUCUCAAGUAUUUGGCCAAACAGAAGGCCACCAAGAUAGGCGAGCUCAAGAUGACACUUCUCCGGCUGGAGGAGCGAAUCGCCCUGAUCCGCGCCUGGCUUUUCGAAGUGGAAUCCCAGCUGGACAAGCCCUUGAAUUUCGAGAGCUACACACCGAAUGUAAUCGAGGCCAAGCUGAAGGAGCAUGAGCAAAUCCAACGCUCCAUCGAGCACCACAGCAGCAAUGUGGGCGAGGUCCUUAAUCUCGUAGAGAUGCUCCUCAACGAUGCGGACAGCUGGCGCACGCAGGUGAACACUUCCGGACUAGCUGCAUCAGCUCAGAAUCUGGAGCAGCGCUGGAAGAACGUGUGCAGCCAGUCGGCGGAGCGCAAGGCCCGCAUCCUGACCAUUUGGAACCUCCUCCAGCAGCUCAUCAAACUCACGGCCGAGCACAAAAACUGGCUGGGCAGCCAAGAGAGCCAAAUUGCCGGCUUUGAACGAGACCAGAAGUCCCACAGCAAGCACAAGCUGGAGGAGCGCCAGAAGGAGCUGAGAGCUAAGCUGGAGGAGCUGGAAAGCCAGUCGGUGAAUCUUCGCCAGCUGGAGCAGAUCUAUGCCAAGCUAACCAUGAGCGCUGGCGUCGAGCCGGAGAACAUCCAGAAACUGACACUGCCCACCAAGGUAAUGGUGAGCAUGUGGCGCCAGUUGACGCCACGCUGUCAUGCCCUCUUGGAUGCCAUCGACAAGGAUGCCAAGCUGAUGCGAGAGUUCAACAAUGCCCAAUUGGAGGCCACCAACUCCCUGAAUGCCAUACAAAAGGCCUUGGAACAACUGCCAAGCGUCGAGGAUCAGCAGACCUCCAAGGCGCAGCCCAAGGCGGUGCUCCAACGACUGGAGAGCCUAGAGAAGAAGUUGCAGGACGCCCAACAGCAUGUCCAGCAGGCGGAUACGCUGGCCCAGGAGGCCAAGACCAGGACCAAGCAGCAGCCGCAACUGAAGCAGUUGCUGGAACUUGUGUCCGCCUAUACCACCCUUUGGCAAACUGUCUACACGCGCAUCGUGACUCUCAAGACCACUUGGCUGACCAGAGCAGCACAGGCAGCCGCCUCUCUGCCGGUCAAUGAAGCAGCCAACGCCGCCGUCCAGGUUAACACGCUGUCCCAGCGGAAACUCCGGCAGGCGCAGCAGAUGCAGAGGGAAACCUCCAUCACGGCCAAGGAUGCCUACAUCAUGGAACUGCAGACGGCCAUCACGGAGUGCCAGAGCAAUCUGGACGAGCUGCAGCGCACGGUGGUGGACAAGACCCGCAAGCCGGGACCCCAGAAGAUCGCCAAGCUGCUGGGCAACGCCCAGUCCUCCACCGAGCUGGUGAAGCAUCUCAGCCAUCUGCUGCUCACCGAGUGCAAGGCGGAUGACCAGGCUGCCGAGGUGGAAACCGUGGCAGAGCUCACGUUGCGCUUCGAUACCCUGCAAUCGCAGUGGAAGGCGCGACAGCAGCACGAUCAAAAUGCAAGCGAGGUCGGCCGGCUAACGUGUCCGCUCUGCACACAGCGAAACUGGCAGCAGAUCGACAACGAUCUGUGGCGCCUCGAGCAGUGGCUGCAGUUCGCCGAGAGCACCCAGAAGGCGCAGUCAGCUCCGCCCUCGAACAUCGAGCUGCUCGAGGAUGUCACGCAGGACCAUCGCGAGUUCCUGCUGGAUCUGGAGAGUCACAAGUCCAUCAUAUCGUCGUUGAAUGUGGUCGGUGACCAUCUGGCCACGCACACCUUGGACACCGAAAAGGCGAGGCAACUGCGAUCGCGUCUGGAGGCGGACAAUGAGCGCUGGAACAAUGUGUGCAUCAAUGCCACCAAAUGGCAGGGUCUGCUGCAGACCGCCCUGAUGGGCAACAGCGAGUUCCACCAGACCAUCGAUGAGCUGGUGGAGUGGCUGCAGCGCACGGAGCAGAACAUCAAGGCCUCCGAGCCCGUCGAUCUCACCGAGGAGCGCUCCGUUCUGGAGGGCAAGUUCAAGAAGUUCAAGGAUCUGCGAGCCGAACUGGAGCGAUGCGAACCUCGGGUGGUCAGCCUGCAGGAUGCCGCCGAUCAGCUGCUCCGCUCCGUCGAGGGCUCCGAGGAGCAGUCCCAGCACACCUACGAGAGAACCCUUUCCAGAUUGACCGAUCUCCGGCUGCGUCUCCAAUCCCUGCGUCGUCUAUCCGGCAUCUACAUCGUCAAACUGGGUGCCGUUCUCGGUUACGAGGGCGACAAUCUCGGGGUGCCACUGCACAUGUUGUCGAGUGAGCUUUUGGAUAAUACUACAUUAUCAACCUCUUCUAUGCAGGCCGCCGCACCCAACACAGAAAAUGCAAACAACACCGAUGGCGGCGAUGCUGUCGAUGGCGAUGUCAUCAAUACCACGGUUCUGGCACGCGGUGCACGGUUCCUAGGCCGCGUUGCACGUGCCUCGCUGCCCAUUCAGGCGCUCAUGCUGCUGCUGCUAGGUGUGGCCACUCUGGUGCCCCACGGUGAGGACUACACCUGUAUGUUCUCCAACACCUUCGCCCGCAGCCUGGAGCCCAUGUUGUCGUAUCCCCACGGACCGCCACCCACGUAAGGCUGUCGAGUUGCAAUUGGAUUAGUGCAAUGCAACGAUGAUCUAAAACAAAGUCAAAGAAAAACCCCUUACCAACCCCAACAUAAGUCCUAAGAAAAACCUAAAAAACCGCACCCAGAGCGCAGUUUUAGAUGCCUUUUGUAAGCUAAAUUUCAAGUAAGAAAAAAUUUGAACAAAAAAAUGUUGAGUAACGAAAUGGAAGAGUUGUACAUUUGUGUAGUUUAUCACAUUUUGUAAUUGUAUGUAAUUUUAUAGUCAUUCGAUAGCUAGAGGCAUUAAUAAAUCAAACUAUUUGUAUAUAACCUACUGAACAGGACAGAACAGACUCGACAAGCCGAACAUGAAACACUGAAAGAAUUGAAAAAAAAUAAAAAUGAAUAAUGCUUGAACUAACUAUUCAAACUAACGACAAGUAACGAAAAAGAACCUUUUGUAAAACGAUAUAUACAUUAUACAUAUAUAUUUGCACAGCAAACAAUUUAUAUAUUCAUAUAUACCCACGUAUAUGAUCCCAAGAAAACUAUAGAGAACCCAAACAUUUUGUAUAUAAAAAUAUCUAAGCUAAAACGAAAUCAAAAUACGCACACGAACAUUAAACUCAUCACCGCACGUUUUCCCAUUCAGAGAGCAGCUCCUGGGCAGCGCGAAAUUGCGAUCAGUAUCCUGUGAAUUUCGUGGAACAUUUUCGCAGGACACGAUCGCAAGUUCGCGCUGCCAGCGAUGGCCUAGAAAAGCAAACGAAUCCCAAGACAAAUCAUGACCCACAUAGACCAAUCGCCUGGAGAUCUGCCUGGUGACCCAUGUCCCCAGUUUGCGGCGCGUCCUUCUCCCAAACUCAGGGCGAUGCUGUCAACCGGGGGCAUUGGCCUCCAUUUGGACUCCGGCUCCUGAAGCCCCCCUGUCAAAGGAUCAUUCUGCCCAAGGCCAAGAUCUCUCCCACGGCCAAGGGUUAGAUGAUAGGAUAACAGCCAGUGCGCCAGCCACAGGACACUGUGUUCGCAUCCAAUCCUUGAACCCCAUCACGUCACUGGGGGCUAGACAUUUCAAGCAUUCCUGAUACUCAUUUCCAAAUUUCCAAUAGACUUUGACCAUCGAAAACGACUCUCUCUUGACAAAACAAAAAAAUGGAAAACGUGCGCGCCACGAGCAUUGAACAAAACGAAGCAAGUGUCCUAUGCCGGUGCUAAGCCAACCUACAAAUUUUCUGUAUAAAGAAAAUGUGUAAAAUGCGUAUACAAAAUGAAAAAGAAACUCAUGAAAGAAGAGAUUAAUUCUUUGCAUAAAAA